UGCUCCUGCAGCCCCCCUGCAGGAGGAGGAGGCGGAGGAUGUGAUGUUAGCGAUGACAAGCUCGUCUUCGCUAAGUGUGAAGGACCUGACUGACCUUCUCUCCCGGCAUGGUUUUGCCAUGAUGACAUUGUUUGGGCAACACGUCUGUUCUCCGCCUAGCAGGUGGACUCAAUUGAACUGAGCAUCUUCGAUAAUAUGGACUUUUUUUUUACUACCGGCAGGAACAACCGUGGACAUUAAAUCAUGAGAAACUGUACAAGAUAAUAACAAUGGAGCUUCCGCCUGAGGUGCAAUUAGAAGGACAUCCGUCUACACUCACAGUGUCAGACAAAUUGGCCUUUUCAACAGAAAGUGCCGUUAACAGCUCACGGGACCUCACGGCGGACCAUCGACUUGAGGAUCGAUGCUGCUUGCAGUUGGAUCAUCGAGACAGCGGACUAAAGGACAGUUUUGUUUGUAUUCAUCUUAAGAACACGGACCCUGUAGAGGAUGUGUCGUUUCAGGAUCUUGGACAAAGAGAUGCUCCAAUAAGGGUUUCACCCCAGGACCACUGUGAUCUACAUCCUGUCCAGUAUCCAUGCUCCUUGCAGUUGGAACAAAGUCAGAACUUACUGAAGGACAGUUAUGUUUGUGUCAGUCUUGAGAACAAGGGACUUGUAGAGGAUGUGUCAUUUCACGAUCUUGGACAAAGAGAUGCUGCAAUAAGGAUUUCACCCCACAACCAUUGUGGUCUAUGUCCUGUUCAGGAUCCAUGCUCCCCGCUAAGUCAGAACUUACAGAAGAACAGCUCUGUUUAUGUUAGCCUCAAUAACACAACAGAAUAUGUUGAUCAAAAUCUGAAUUUACGGAGCUCUCACCAAGACCCCUGUGGUCAUCUUCCUGUCCAGGACCACAGAGGGAAUGAUAAUCUUCCUGAGGAUCAAUGCUGCUCAGAUAUGUAUGAUGUACUAAAGGGUGAUUCUAAGUCCUUAGAGCGCUGUGAUCAACCGUCUGCCAUUCUUGGAGGAACCCAUGAUAAAGACCUGGAUUUUCUGAGCUCAUCUCAGGGCCAUUGUGGUCAUCUUCCAGUCCAAGACCUAAGAAGCAAUGAUCAUCCAGAUGCUCGAGACUGCUUACAGUGGGAACCGGUACCUGAUGGACUAAUGGACAGUUCUGUUUGUGUUGAUCUUGAUAAACAAGAACUGCUAGAGGAAGUGUGCUUACAGGACCAAGGACACAUUCUUGGAGAUGCAGCUGCACACCUGAUAUCACAUCAGGAUGACUGUGAUUCCCGUCCAGUCCAAGAGCGACACUGCAAUGAUCCUCCUGAGACUCAAGGCUGUUCACCACUAGAACCAGUUCCUGACAGACUAAAAGACAGUUCUGUUUCAGAUGAUCUGUGCUUACAGGUGCAAGAACAGGGUGAUGAAAUUCUUGGAGAUGCAACUGAAGAUCUGGAAGGAAUUGUGGUCUUCAAGCAUUUAGAGACUGUCUCAAAUAGCCAUACCUAUCAGACUUCUGAGGAACCUCUCCUCACCAACCCGAACUCAACUCCAGACCUUCCCCGCAUCAUCAAACACAAACAGAGCUCCAUCACCUUCUCGGAUUCCGCAGAGCAUCACGCCUGCAUCAACGGCAGCUCGGACGAAGGAGAGUCUUCACAAGACGAGGAAGAUGACAAUCAGGGAGACGGUGACAACGACGAGGAUGAUGAUGUGUUCGUGGAGCUGUCGGCCAGCAGUGUGCUCCUUGUCAAUCACAGACACAGGAAGGAUGGCGUCCAUGGUGUACCAGGAAGUGACCAAUGUGGUUAUGAAGAAGAGGCGGAAAACAGCAGCAAGAAGUUGAAGUCUCCCUGGUGUGAGUCCAUGAGCCAACUGUUGAGGAAGCUGGACCAGCUCAAUUUGGACAUCGAGGAGGCUCUGAGUGCUGGCUCCUCCCCCUCUGACACACCUUGCACCGCCCGCAAGAAACAGCGCUCCACAUUGAACCAAAGCCUGAAUGAGCGAGCUGAGACAGGGGAUUGGGCCAGCCAAAGCAGAUCUUGUCUUCCUCGUGGCGCCUCCGUGGGAACCAGGACGAGAAGCAAGAAGGCGGGUUUGAACAAGAUGACCAAUGAAGCAGCAGCAGAGGUUGAAGCAAAGGAGGCGUGUGACUGGCUGCGAGCUGCUGGAUUUCCCCAGUAUGCUCAGCUCUUUGAAGAUUCCCAGUUCCCCAUUGAUAUCACCCCCGUCAAAAGAGACCAUGACUUUCUGGACAAAGAUCUUGUUGAGCCUCUUUGCAGGCGACUCAACACGUUAAAUAAAUGUGCCUCUUUGAAACUCGAUGUGAACAUCCCAAAGAAGAAAAGCGAAGACUCCGAUGAGGAAGAUCUUUUUGCCAUCAGUGACAAAUGGACCUUUGAAUGGAGCAGCCGGCGCUGGUCCAGGCUGCAAGACAUUGACUGCCUCCUGGGACACCAAGGACAGGAUCUGUCAGCUGGGGAUAGUGUGCCUCUUAGAACCACAACCAGUAGUGAAAGUGUGCUAACAGACCUCAGCGAGCCAGAAGUAUCCUCUGUACAUAGCGAGAGCAGUGGGGGCAGUGGGCCUCGAGGACUCAGCACCGAGGAUUCUGACUGCUCCAACCGCACCUGCUCAGAUUCUGUAGCCAUGCCAGACUCUACUUUGCUGACAAUGUCUCCCAUCAACAAAGACAUUGGUCAUUACGGCUCCCUGCCUAAUAAGCAUGGCAAGACAAGUCGCACCCGUGCCAAAGACUUCCUAAAACGCAUGGAGACAUUACGCUCGAGGGGAUCGCUUACAAGGGGUCGUAAGACAUUGGUCAUCAGUUCUCCGGUGCUGCAGCAGGAAGCCCACGCUCUAAAGAGUCUGCCGUGUGUGGAGAUUAUAAACAGAGACAGUGGAGCUCCAGAACCACCAUCCCACAAGGUUCCGUCCCAGUCUAGCAGUGAAGGUAGCAGCCAUUCUAGUGGAAGCACUGGCAGCACACCCAGCCUUAAAGAGCGUAAGCCAUACCGAUCUGACCAGAAGCGUAGCGGCAUGUAUCUAGAAGAUGUAGAUAUCUUCUCAGGCAACCAAAUGAACAAAGUUGCAGAACAAAAUCGCAAAAAUGAAUUUUGCUCCUACGAGGACCUGGUGGUUCAUAUUCCUAAUGACCACAAACCAGGAACCUUCCCCAAAGCACUGUCCAUAGAAAGCCUAUCACCGACCAACGGGGCCUCGAUAAACUGGCACACAGGCAGCAUGCACCUGGACUCUGGCCUGAUAACAUGCAGGCAGGAAGCCAGGCCUGUCACACAGUGCUGUUCUAGAGGAAGCCGCAUCAGUGUGUAUGAUAAUGUUCCUGGCUCCCAUUUGUAUGCCAGCACAGGAGAUCUAAUAGACCUGGAGAAAGAAGACCUGUUUCCUCACUUGGAUGACAUCUUGAUGCAUGUCAAUGGUCUGCAGCAGAUAGUGGACCACUGGUCUAAAAAUGUACUGCCAGGAGGGGAAGGGCUGUCAAAGGUGGAUGGAGAAGGUACCGUUGGUCUUCAGUCUUUAAGUCAGAUCACGUUGGACUUCGAGGGGGAUUCUGUGACGGAAAGUCAGACUACACCGAGCGCUGGGGACGGCGUAUCUCUUUCAGACAUUGAAACAACAAGGCUCAGGGAAAGGAGAGACUCAGGAGUAGGGGCUUCGCUUACCAGACCCAACAGGUUACGAUGGCCCAGCUUUCAGAUAUCCAAUCGUCUAAGCCACUCGGUGGCAUCGCUGCAGAUAACCAACCAGUCGGCAGGCCAGCUGAGUUUGUUACAGAAGUUCUCUCUGCUCCGUCUUACGGCCAUCAUGGAAAAGUACUCCUUGUCAAACAAGCAUGGCUGGACCUGGGCAGUACCAAAGUUCAUGAAGAGAAUGAAGGUACCAGACUACAAGGAUAAGAAUGUGUUUGGAGUCCCCCUCAUAGUGCAUGUGCAACGUUCUGGACAACCACUGCCCUUCGGCCUGCAGCAGGCCCUGCGGUACCUGAGGAGCCAGUGUCUUGACCAGGUGGGCCUGUUUCGUAAAUCAGGUGUGAAGUCUAGGAUUCAAGCUCUGCGGCAGUUGAACGAGAGCUCCCCAGACAAUGUGAACUAUGACGAUCAGUCCGCUUAUGACGUGGCAGACAUGGUAAAGCAGUUCUUCAGGGAUUUACCUGAGCCGCUGCUCACGAGCAAGCUAGGGGAGACUUUCCUCCAUAUCUACCAAUAUGUACCGAAGGACCAAAGGUUGCAGGCUGUCCAGGCAGCCAUCAUGCUCAUGUCAGAUGAAAACCGAGAGGUGCUGCAGACGCUGCUUUGCUUUCUGAGCGACGUGACAUCCUCUGUGGAGGAAAACCAGAUGACGCCCAUGAACAUUGCAGUGUGUCUGGCUCCCUCCCUUUUCCAUCUCAACAUACUCAAGAAAGACAAUCUUUCACCGAGGGCGAUGCAAAAGAAAUACGCCAGUGGCAGACCAGACCAGAAGGACCUGAAUGAGAACUUAGCAGCAACACAGGGUCUUGCUCAUAUGAUCAUGGAGUGCAAUCGUCUUUUUGAGAUCCCUCACGAAAUGGUGACUCAGUCUCGCAAUUCAUAUGUGGAAGCAGACCUGCAUGCGCUGACUUUUGACGAGCUCUUCAAGCAGCUUGAGGACGACAGUGGAACGUACGACAACCACAUGGAGGGCAGGCUUCAGAAUCUGCUGAAAGAGGCUCGCGAAAAGUCCAAGUCCUGGGUGUCCUGCAGCAGCUCUGCUAAUACAGAGCUAUACUAUAAAAAGGUGGGAGACGGGAACCCGCUGAGACGCUGGAGAGUAUCCGUGGAGGUGGAAGCGCCGCCGUCCGUUGUGUUGAACCGUGUGCUGCGUGAGCGCCACCUCUGGGAUGUUGACUUGCUGCAGUGGAAAGUGUGCGAGACACUUGACAAGCAGACGGAGGUUUUUCAGUACGUCCUCAAUCGAAUGCCACCUCACCCCAGCAGGGACUUUGUGGUUCUCAGGUCAUGGAGGACAGAUCUGCCCAAAGGUGCGUGCUCCCUGGUUUCUGUCUCAAUGGAGCACGAGGAUUGUCCUCCCGUUGGAGCGGUACGAGCUAUUGUCCUGGAGUCCAAUUACCUGCUUGAGCCUUGCGGCUCAGGAAAGUCCAGACUAACUCACAUUUGCAGAGUGGAUUUGAAAGGAAGGACUCCUGAAUGGUACAACAAAGCCUUCGGCCAUCUUUGUGCUGCGGAAGCCGCUCGCAUCCGCAACUCUUUUCAGCCGCUCAUAACAGAUGGUCCGGAGACCAAAAUAUGAAACGCCGAGCCUUUCUGGUCACAUUGAAGACAAAGAUAGGACCUCAAAACUAAGGCACAGUUUAAUGAGUCAUAUUUUUUUAAUAUAAUGUUAGCUCCUCUGCAUUUGCACAAUAACAAAUGAGGACAUCUUAUAGGUGUUCAGUAUAUUUACUCCUUGGGAAAUUAAUCAUCCUGCCAAUGUUGAUUUGCAACUUUUUUUUACUUUGAUAUCAGAAAAACCUCCAUCGUAUAAACUCCUAUGUAUAUAAUAAUACCUUACUCUUAUGAUAUACAAUGUCUAGGACAUUCAAGCUCUUAUAUGCUUCUGGGAAGCAUGUACAUAUUAAUGAUUUCAGAUUAAAGGCUAUAAUAAUAAUUAUUAUUAUGAGGUACAUGCAAGUGUCCUGUGUAUGUGUACAUACUGUAUAUGUGUGAAUAUACUGUAUAUGCAAACAACGUGUAUAUUGGAUAUUUCUGAAGGGAUUGAUUGUACAGCUCUUUUCCUAUAUAUUGAUUCACCUUCACGUCAGUCCGCCUGUAAUGCAACAUGUAAACUGGUUUUACUUCAGUAUUGCUUUUGGAAUUUAUGUCAUUUUUGGUGUUCAACUUUGACCUCCUGCGGUUGUGAAUGACUUAAGGUUUGACUUGAUCAUGCCUGCUUUUAGGGUACUUGACCGUGCCGGUGAUGACAAAAGACAUGUUUGUUUGUUUUUAAAUAAAGCUGUCCGAAUUAUAACACAAGUAUUUUUCACUGAAUCAUGUGUAUACUCAACAAGAUUUGAGUUAAAUACUGGCAAGUCCUAUUUACUGCAUAGAAUACUAUAAUUAUGCAUGUAUUUAAAUGGUUCUGUUAAUAAUACAUAGUAUACAGUAUGUAAGUCACAUAUGUAUGUGUUUUGUAUCACUGUACUGUAUAUUUAUCAGCAAAGUGGUCAUUUCCAACCUUGUGACAGGCACUUGUCUGAUUGGGAAGAGAGGGACCUCUACUGGUCA